CUGUUUGAGGAGAAGCGCGCGCGCGCGCGCGCGUUGGCGGUUUGUGAGCGCGGGAAGCAGGUUACCGAGUACCGACAAUGAGUCUGUGGGUGGACAAAUACCGGCCAACGGCUCUCAGCAAACUGGACUACCAUAAGGAGCAGGCCAGUCAGCUUCGUAACCUGGUUCAAUGUGGUGACUUCCCUCACUUGCUGGUAUAUGGACCUUCAGGAUCAGGGAAGAAGACUAGGAUAAUGUGUUUACUUCGGGAGCUUUAUGGUGCAGGAAUAGAGAAGCUAAGGAUUGAGCACCAAACAAUUACAACACCAUCCAAAAAGAAGCUGGAAAUAAGCACAAUAGCAAGCAACUAUCAUCUUGAAGUUAAUGCAAGUGAUGCAGGGACCAGUGACCGUGUAGUUAUUCAAGAACUGAUUAAAACAAUAGCACAAUCUCAACAGCUUGAGACAAGUACUCAAAGAGACUUCAAAGUUGUAUUGCUGACAGAAGUUGAUAGAUUAACAAAAGAUGCCCAGCAUGCCUUGAGGAGGACAAUGGAAAAGUACAUGUCGACCUGCAGAUUAAUUCUUUGUUGUAACUCAACAUCGAAAGUCAUUGCACCUAUUCGUAGCCGAUGUCUUGCAGUGCGAGUCUCUGCGCCCAGCAUUGAGGAAAUUUGUCAUGUGUUGAGUGGAGUUUGUAAGAAGGAAGGUCUUGUUCUUCCUCAAGACCUGGGUAAGAAAAUUGCAGAAAAAUCCAAUCGCAACCUGAGAAAAGCAUUGCUUAUGUGCGAGGCCUGCAGGGUUCAACAAUAUCCAUUUAUAGCAGAUCAGGAUAUUCCUGAGACAGAUUGGGAAAUAUAUCUCCAAGAAACUGCUAAUGUUAUUGUCAGCCAGCAAACACCACAAAGACUGCUUGAAGUGCGUGGACGGUUAUACGAGCUCCUGACCCACUGCAUACCACCUGAAAUUAUAAUGAAGGGUCUCUUGACAGAGUUAUUAAACAAUUGUGACGGUUUGCUUAAGGGGGAGGUUGCACAGAUGGCUGCAUUUUAUGAACAUCGUCUACAGCUUGGCAGCAAGGCCAUCUAUCACCUGGAAGCAUUUGUGGCCAAGUUUAUGGCUAUUUACAAGCAAUUUAUGGAAGAUGGUCUGGAAGCUAUGAUGUUCUAAUGUUAUGUCUGUUUAUAAAGAUGUUCUGAUUUCAUUUUGGGAAAGUUGUGGUUCUAACAAUCAUAAAAACUUUUGCUUAAAACCUUCAAUAUUAUAGGUAACUGAAUCAUUCUUGACUCCUACUUUGUCCUAUUAUAUCAAAUCUGAAACCUGUAAAUAAAUCUGUCUAAGUCUACAAUAAA